AUGGACAGAACACUGGAAACGUUUCUUACUAUUCAGAAGAGGCAGCUAGACGAUGCGAGAAAUUUACAAAGUAAGCUUAAAGAAGAAUUACGCGAGGAGCGAGAACAGCUAAGGUUCUCAAAGAAGAAGGAAGUUGAACUGGAAAAUCGUGUGAAAAGUCUCGAACGAGUGCUGCGUGAUGUCCGUGCUACAUGGGAGAAACCCCUGAAACAGAGUAAGAUUCUGCAGUUUCGACCUACCAUUACUCAAAGAAGUAUUGCCAGAAAAAACAAGAAAACCUUUGGUGGACAGGAAGAACGACUAGAAGACGCGAAUUCUGUUGAUUAG